GGCUGCACCAGCGGACAGCACUUUAACCACCUCUAAGCACCAUAUAAACAUUUAUUCAACAGCACAGAGCACACUUUAAUACUGUUAUUCAGACAUUUAUAAAUGCUUUUUCAUAUGCAAUAUAUAUCAACAAUUAGAGCACCUCCAAGACAUAUUUUAUAUUAAGUUAAAUUGACAUCAUCUAUUAAAUUAUUAGACUCUAGCCUCCACAGGAUGAGUUAUAGCUAUUUUGUAAACACUUGUAUACAUUAUAGUGCCUUAUAAACUAUUGAUUAAGUGCGUGUUGUGUUUAUAAAUGCUAAAAGGUAAAAGCCAAACAUUAACAUUUUAACAUUUAUCGAUUACACACUCACAUGUUUAAAGAAACAGUUUGAAAAAGCCUCACAUCAUGUUGCCGUGCUUCCAAAUUUGGCGAUAAAAUGAAAGAGAAUCCGUUCCUUUAAGGGUUAAGUAAAAUAAACUGUUUAAAAUCCCACUGGAUUAACCUCCAGUGGCUCUCUCCAGUGCAAGACUAAAAUCUUGUUUGGAUAAACUCUGCUGUCACAAACACAGCUGCAGGUUUGUGUAUCUAAUACUGCUGAUCAAUCAUUUCCAAACAGAAAAAAAAGAAAUAUUCCAACGCUAAAUAAAGGAAAGUAUUGGCUUCAUUUUCACUCUUUUAACACGAGUCGCAGUCGUACGAUUUGGUUGAUGUUUAAUAAUAAUACCAUGCAUGACUGCAAUGUUGUCGUGUGUGAAGUUUCUCACUGUAUGUCUAAAAAAUACACUGUAUUCACUUGAUGUAUAGUAGUAAACAUGUUGCUUAUAUGUUAAUAUAACAGUAUUAACCCAAUAAUAUAAAGAGAAAUCUGAUCUCUAAUCAAAUAUCCUGCUGCUACUUAAACAUAUUUUACCUGUUUCAGUAAUAUUUGUAGUAUUUUGGCUUUGCAGUAUGUGUAGUUCUACAUAUUUGAUGUGAAUAAUUCAACCACAGUGAUCAAGUCAUAAUUUUCUCCAUGUUGCCUCUUAUGCAGAACACAAUGUGCUUCACAUAAUUAGAGAAAUAAAUUAAAGAAAUUAAGGUAUUUUCAUUGUUUUAAUGGCUAAUUAGCAUCUGGCCAAUGCACCACAGUUUCCUUAUUUACAGUGAUGUUGAUCAAUGCACAUUGGCCCUGAAAAGGUAACAAAAUAAAAUCAGUCAAUCAGUGGCGGCAUAGGGAGUCAAUGUCUUCUCUGCUGGUUCUUUUCUGUUGUUCCCUGUUAAAAGUGCAUCCUUAAAAUGUACUGUGACUACAGUGGCAUUUAGGUUUAUUGUUUUUUAAUAUCUCUAAAUACGACGUCACUCUAGAACUAUCAGCAAAUCCAUGUGAUGCCAUCAUCAGAGUAGAAAAAAGGUUAAUGGGUUGUUUUAUUUUGCCUACUAAGGGAUAUACCGUAAAGGCUGGACACUCCGAUGGACUGUGUACAUUUGGGACUGUAAAAGAGACAUCAGACACUGCUCUUUGAACGAUGCAGCUCCCUUUGAUUAGAGUUUUGGGCUGAAGGCCAGCCAGUCAGAGUGCCCUGUCGUCAGCGUGCCAAGACAAUUACAGCCGGAAGGCUCCAGUCGGCACAUUAGUGCUUCUCAUAUGGCUCGGCAUCAUAAGUAAUAAAUUCAACAAAAAACACCAGUAAUGCCCUUUCAUAAUUUAUCACUCCUCUCAAUCUCCCCAAUCUUUAGUUCCACCGACCCCACCUCCUCCUCCCACUGUGGCAGGGCCUACACCCCGGUUUAGCAUUACUCCACAUCAAUUAUACAUGCAGUAUUGAACAGGCUUUCUCUGAGGCCGCCUAAAUAUGGAGCCCACAGUGAUCCUCCAGGACCCUGAAGGACACUGGCCAUCCUGCAGUAGCCUCCAAAAUCCUCAUCAUGUGUCUUCAUCCUCAUUCCUGCCAUUUCAUCACUUACUUCCUCGUCUCCCGGUGGGACUAAUUUACCAACUGCAGUGUCCUUAUCCGACCUGUGGGAUCGUUUUCUCUUCACUUUUAGCGUCUGACAGCAGAUAAUCUACAUGUUUCAGAAUCCACAGGUGCAGAUGUUUUACUCUCUGUUCAUUGGCCUUCGAUAGAAAUUGCUUCCAAACAGCAGCCCUGCAAUAAAUCUUGAGUUAUUGAGACUGUCGCUGUGGCUCUGAUUCAGUUCUGUGGUUUGUUAUCUUGUGUUUACUGUCUGUUAAAGAUGGCAGUCUGUAAACACUGACUGAAAAUUACGCAAAUGCAUGUGGGUCAUUUGGCAAAUGGAUUUUGAGGUUAUUGUGGAUACUGGGUCUGGGUGACCUUUGGUGAUAUUUCUGGGAAUUUUGGGCGGGUGUAGUGACCGGCAAGAGUUUCAAUUGUACAACUAGGCCUGUAAUUAAGGAUGAUGUGCAUCUCCAUUAAUCAAUAAAACAUUUGUUCUGUGAAACUGUAAAUCAUGUGGGAAAGCUUCAUAGCUUCUUCAAACUAUUUCUUUUUAUGGUCUAAAACCCAAAGAUUUUCAUUUUACCCAACAGAUAAAGCAGCAGAUUUGAACAUAAAUUUAAGAAAUAAUGCUAAUUUUCUGUUUAUCAGCUAAUUGGAUGAACUGAACCAGCUCUGAUUACACAUAUUCAAUAUUUUCUAGUUUCAGUCUGAUCUUCAGGCUUAAUAUGUCGUUGUACUUUCUAUAAUAGUUUUACACCUUGAUAUAGAAAGUAGAGCCCGACCAAUCAAGACCAACUAUCUGCUGAUAUUGGCCUAUCACAGAUAAUCUCAGCAUAUAUGUUGUAUGACAUGAAAAUUAUGAAGAGUUUCUUUUCCGAGACACAAAACAGAAAAAGAUUCUUGGGCUGACUUAGAAAUAGUGUCUCAGACUCCACUGUUUACAAUACUCUGAACUCUGUCUGCAGCACAUGUAGCAGAGCAGAUGGUGGUGCAGAGUCAAACUUUGUCCUGAGGUGAACUAGUUUUUGAAAUAUAUUGCUGGAAAGUUACAAAACAGCGACUCCAUUAUUUUGUCUUUUCAACAUAACUCUGACAUAUGCAAAGGGUUCUUCAGAAAGUUCUCAGUCUCACCUUGAAACAAGAUGCAUGACUCCUGUUUCAGGGUAUAACUCUUUAUUUUAAAGCCUUAUAUCACUGUCCACAAAAUCUCAAAAAACAAUCUUUCUCCUGUGAUGUUUUCUGUUGGAGUAUUCUCCCAUGUAUGAACAAUAUCGGCCCAUAUAUUGACAAUAGAAUUUCUUUCUCCCUAAAAUCGAUAUCGGCCCUAAAAAUCAAGUAUCAGUCUGACUCAAGAGUUUUAGUUGGUGGUUAGAGGUCGGGAUUCUUCUCAGGGAAAUUUUACUUGUGACCUUUCUCAAAUCAUGGCUACAACCCUGAACACAAUAUCCUCUGAGGAACUACACUAGUGGUUUCAUGGUAUUUUUAAAUGCCACAAAAUUUGACUCAUGCUGGAGUCUCUUUUCUUUUUCUUCUUCCUUUUUUGAGAUGUUUUAGCUUCACUAUGAGCAUUAAAGUAAACUUUGACACUAGACGGCUUUUUCAUGUUGACAUAUUGCUACAAUUGCCUUCAAUUUUAGGUUAAGAUGAGCAUAUGAAAAGUGAUGUGAAUGCCAUUUAUGGUCUAAUAUGCUUGGACGCUUGAACCAGUGUGAUGUGGAAACCUCGAAUCUAACCCAUGAUUUUGUGUUCCCAGGAGUUUAAAGUAUUUAUUUUUCAUGCAUUCAGUUUUUCUUAGUGAAGGAGAAGCAUCAGUUUAUUGAUUUAUUUAUUUCUGUAGGAAAACAAAUCUCACAUGAUGGAGUAUUUUUAUGUCUUAAACAGGAGUCGAUCUUCAGGAUCCAUUUAAAUACUUUGUAGCCACAUUUAGCUGUACAUUAGGUGUCCCUUAUCAAUCAGCUCUGUAAUAAGGUGUGGUUUAUGUGUUGAAUUAUUAAUGUCACCAGCACUUAAUGGAGGAUCCUCUGAGUUUGCCCCACAAAAAGUGCACACCGCUUCACUUCUUCUCUGUGUUUGCCUACAUAUGUGUUAAUAGUCCCGUUAAAUGAUCUGAUCUAAAACAACAACUCUGGCCUUUGAUUGUUGUUUCUGUCUGAUCUUCUCCGGUGUCGAUGUUGGGUUCAGUCCAGCUCGGUCCUAUUUUGGGAUGACAUCGAUGCCAGAAGUAGCCUUGAGACCUAUCAGCCCUAUUUUGAGCAUCUCCGAUACCAAUAUCUGGUAUUUUUUACUCCACAUUUGAUUCUUGUGCAAGAUAUUUAAGUAGUGAGUAACAUCCGUAUACUGUAAAGAGAGAUGAGGAAAAAAAAAGUAGUUUAAAUUGUCUCCGUCUCUGGCUUGUUUGCUCCUUUUCAUUCAUUUUCUUGAAAAUCCUCAAAACCAAAGUUACAGGAGUGGGAGAGAUUGUACUAAUGGUUGUAAACUUAAUCUAAGAUUGUUCCUUGAAACCCACUACCUGAGACAUAAGCAAAAUACUAAAUACACAUUAUACACAUUAUAUGCACUGCAGACCAGAUCCAUCGGUGUUCACCACUUUUGUUGAAUCUCAGAAGCAGCGUCACAUUUAUUUUGCUCGAAAUGAUAAAAUUAGUAUAUCUUACUACAAGCUGUCUGAAGUUAUGUGAGUACAUGUUCAAAAUCCUGAUUUUGUCCUUUGUCUUACUACAGUGUCUGUGUCUUCGAGGUACAAUUCAGAUAAUAAAAUGUUGUUGUUCGUCUCUGUCACCACUACAGCAAUCACUGAACCCUCUGACUCCUGGCAGUUUCUGGGUGUUUUUUGCUCCUGUUUUCUCAUUUUGGGUUCAUAUUCCACUGCAAUAUAAAGUCCUGCACCUCUGUGGAAACAGCACAACCAUGACUAGAUGUAGUAUGAACUCGAAAAAUGUAUUUUGUACAUUAUGACAAAGUUAUAAUGCCAUAAAUCAUCCAAAAUUAAGGUAGAAAUUAACAUUUCUUUAUUGCUUUUACAAACAUUUAAAAAAACCUGGACUCAGUAAGUAGAGCAUUUUCCCAAGUGCCCACAGGUGUUUUCAGUAUUGGAAAAACUGGUAACUCUUUAAACUAUAUGAUAUAGUAGUAGUAUCUACAUUUUUAUUUGUUUCCAUGCUUGUCCCCUGCAGUUCAUGUAAAGGUUUCCCAGAUUUUUCUCACAUGACUGUUGGUUGCAGAUGAGUCAGUAAUAAGAAUCUUCUUAGUGCAAAUGGCUCCUCAGAUUUUUAAGUGACAUGUAGGAGAAAGUGAUUUUUUUGAAAUAUCACGAUUUAUCCUUAAAAUCACGGUUUUAAGAUUAGGUUUGGUUAAAAUAGGAUGAUGCAUCACAGCUGAGCAGUUCAAGAAUUUACACUUUCUUGAGCUGAUAAAUGAUGUAGUUUUGUUGUUUGCUUUUUCUUCAGAAGGUAGCAGACCUUUCAAACCCUCAGGUGGGUUUUUAGAGGGUUAAGCAGCAGCAACUUCUAAUUUAAUUUCACCUGCACUGACUUUAUUGGUGGAGUUUGUUGUACAGUGUAUUUUAUCAUGGGCUUCUGGAGUAAAUAUUUCACAAACUGAAUGAGAAGUAAAUUAUGCCUCCUAUAGAAAGAAUCAGGAACAGUUUCUUCCCUCAUACUGUCAGAAGUGUGACCUCUGACUUCCUCACAUUUGAAUCAUAGCAUGUCACCUUAAACAGCAGCAGCACACUGGGACAAUCUAACUAUGGAUAUAACAUACAGAUGUAUGCGCACAAUGUACAUUUCUUUUUAUCUUAUCAUGACUUGUUCUUUCAAGCUGUCAUAUUUCACUGUAUGAGCAUAAAUAUCUUGAAUACUGAAUGUGCAUGAAGAACAUUUGUGAAUGAAGAGAGAUACUAUCAUUUUGUACGUCUCAGAUACAGUUACUUCUUGGCAUUACAAAUCUCAGUCAAAACAACCCUUUGCGCUCUCCGUUCUUGUAGUUUCAUUAGUUUCCACUAGAGGGAAGCAGACAAUGACAUGAACAAGUGUCACAGGGCCUGAGGGAGCGUUUGCUCACUGUUUCUCUGUAUUACAUGAGUGUGUGACAGAACUCCACUGGGUUAAUUCGCUAUUAAAUCUGUGCUACAGACCCCAAGAGACGCUCAGGAACAAUUAGAAAGUGGAUCAUGGCGCUGAGUGGGAAAAUGGGAUUCAGGACACCUGUUGACCUUUUUCACCGCCCUCUCUGUCUCCUUAAAGGCAAAUUGUUUUCUGUAUGCCACAUUUAGCAAUAAUCAUUAAAAUCUUUGCUAGUUUUGUUUAUUUAUAACUGUGAUGUGCAGCGUGUUGCUGUAUUUAUUGUCUUUUAAUUAGUAAUUUUGAUGAAAAUUGUAGGAAUGUAGCCUUUAUCUGGUUUCUUGGGAGUUCACAGGUUAAUUAGCAGAAAAUAAGGUGUGAUGGAGUGAGGAUUUAGAGGAGGGAGUCACUGAGCUUCAGUCAUUCAGGCUGUGGUGGAUUUUUACAGCACAUUUCACCCCCAGACGACUUGUGGAUUUUAUUUUUUUGGACACGAGUUUUGUCACCAACUAGAGGAUUCACUGGAGGAAUGUUAAAACAGCCACAACCUUUUGCACAUUUUGAGUGAAAGUGUGUGAGCUUCCUUUCUAUCUGAUUGGAUUUUCUGUGGAUUAAUGUGAUGGUCCAGGUUUUUGGGGGGGAUUUCUGUUCUCUUUCUCCCUUUUCACAGCAAUAAUCUGAACCACUUUGCCUUAAUAAAGGCGUUUGGAGCGUCACACCCAGCGCUUAGUUGUGGAAAUAAUCCUGAGAGAGAGCUAAAUGGAGUAACAGAAUCGACAGGAUAAAAAAAAUUGUGACAGAAAAAGAGCGAUGAGUGAGUGACACCGUUUCAGACAGGACGAGAUAGAGAAGAAGGGCUGAAGGCGGAAAGAGGGAGAUGGAUUGAAAAGGAGUUUUUGUAGAGAAAGUCCAGUAAUGUAGAAGUACAGAGGAAGAAAGAAAAGGACCAGGAAGCUUGAAUAAAAGGAGGAAGAUGAGUGUGAGAUGGGAGACGGAGGGACUCCAGACUGUUGGCAUCGUCUGCCUGGUGAUCAUGUUCCUCAAACUGAUGCACCUGCUGGGCCUGAUCGACAUCACUGAGACCGACAGCAGCGACAGCGACCUGGAGCUGUCGACGGUUCGUCACCAGCCGGAGGGUCUGGAUCAGCUGCAGGCUCAGACCAAGUUCACCAGGAAGGAGCUCCAGUCUCUGUACCGAGGAUUCAAGAACGAGUGUCCCAGUGGGCUGGUUGAUGAGGAGACAUUCAAGACCAUCUAUUCUCAGUUCUUUCCCCAAGGAGAUGCAACCACCUACGCUCACUUUCUGUUCAACGCGUUUGACAUCGACAGAAACGGUUCGAUCCGCUUCGAGGACUUCGUCAUCGGCUUGUCAGUGUUGCUCAGAGGUUCGGUCACGGAGAAGCUCAACUGGGCUUUUAACCUCUACGACAUCAACAAGGACGGCUACAUCACCAAAGAGGAGAUGCUGGCGAUUAUGAAGUCAAUCUAUGACAUGAUGGGGAGGUACACGUACCCCUGCGUGAGGGACGAAGCUCCGUCUGAACACGUCGACAAGUUCUUCCAGAAAAUGGACAAAAACCGAGAUGGCGUGGUGACUAUUGAAGAGUUCAUUGAGACCUGUCAGAAGGACGAGAACAUCAUGAACUCCAUGCAACUGUUUGAAAAUGUGAUAUAAUGAAUCAGGAUGUCCCCAGUUGUUUUCCCUAAUUAGCACAACUCACAUACAGAAACAGCACAGUCAUGCACCUCGCCUAUUUCUCCCACACUCAUGUAGGACAUCCUGGAACAUAAUGUAGCUACUGUAAAAAACAUAGUUUUUUUUAAUUAUUUCUCAACAAACUCCUUUAGGUGUAUCCUGCAACUGCUCCUGGAUUUAUUAUAAAUAACUGUUACUUGUAGAAGAAGAGCAUCCUGGGUACAUGUUUAUGUCCUCGGUGACGCAACAGAAGAGCUCCUUGUGCUUUUAUCAACAGACAAAAAGGAUCAACAAGGAAUGAAGAAGCUUACAAUAAUCCACUGACCUGAGCCCACAUGGAUACUAGCUUUAACACGAAUACACACUCAUAUACACACCGACCUGCUGUCUCCUCAAGAGUUUUUAGAGCACUGGAUCAAAUACAAAAAAAGAGAAAUGAACUAAAGCAUGUUUGUCAUCAAAUAUGUGAUGUGGAAUUAGCUUGCACUACAAUUUUAUGACUAUGUAUUAUAUGCGCCUGAAAUAAAGGCACUGUAGAUACCUGCACCUGAUACACCACUGAUGGAAACCAGUGUGUAUGUAUAUAUGUAUAGUUAAUAGUUAUAUCUCCUGCAUUGUAUCGGUCUCAUCUGUGUUGCACUGGGUGAUGAUGUUGGACCAGAUUUGAAUAUUUGUUUAAGAAAUCUCUGUGUUAAUUUUAGUUUAAUAUCAUGUUUAGUAAUCUUCACAGAAUUUAAAUGGAUUAUUCAAAUAUUUCUCUUUUUUUGUAUUUUGGAAGAUUAUGUUUAGCUGGUCAGAAAAGAAAAGGGAGUCUGUACAGUACUGUGAAGAAACUAAAGACUGUUAAAAGUGUGUCCUUAUGCUGAAUUAAGGCUUUGUCUUGUUUCUUCAGUAUCUGCGAGCAUGCUGACUCUUAAGUGCCACGGUAUUAUGUACAGUACAGUAGGACCUUUGUGAUGUCGGUUAAUUAAAGAUGCUGUCGACA